GAAACGAUGGGAAACGUCAGAACGUCACAAAACAUCACAUUCUGCACGUAUAUAUUUUUUUAACCUUAAUUCUGUAAAAAAAAAAAAAAACUAACUAAAUGUCUUCUAAAAUGCUCUCUCUCUCUUGUUGACAUAUACAUAUAUUUAUAUAUAUAUAUAUACGUGUGUAGAAAAUUUGUAAUGUCGAUGAAAUAUAUUGAUGAAUGAGGGUGAAAAAUAGUAAAUUUAUAGAAUAUGUAAUGAUUUUAGAGACUUGUUUUUUUUCACGUUCGUAGUAGACAAUCAUUGCUGCUAUAUUUAGCGUUUGUGUUGCUGCUCAAUGAUGUCGUCGCCUGCGUUUGCAGAAAAUGUGUGAACCUCUCACACAAAUGGUGAAAUGUAGACUUGCAAUUUUUUUUUUUGAUGACGAUGAUCUAAAAAGGGAUUUUUUUUUUUUUUAAUUUCAUGACCGUACGGUGAGUUUUAUUUAUUUGUCUUGAUUCACUGUGUUUUCCUUUUAGCUAUUUAUUAAAAGUGAAUUGAUUUCAUGAAUCCGGCCAAGCUUUUAUAUCGUCAUUGUAAACGUCUCAAUGAGACUGUAAUUUAUUAUUGUACUGUAUUCGGAUUUAAUUUGUCUUUGUGUUACUAAGUCCACCGUGAGUAUUUCGCCAUCAGCUGUGUAAACACAAAGAAAAUGUUUCAUUAUUUGGAAAUUGAUUUCGAGGAGAAGUUGAUCUCUGGGCAAUAACACUUCCAACUUUCCAAUUACCAUUAUUGCUGCAGGUUUGAUGGAAUUAAUCCCCCAAAUCGUGUUUGGGACCAAUUUUCCUUAUUGCAUUUGGGCCUGACUUUAUCACACAGGUGCACGAGCUCAUAUCUCAAAAGGCAAAGCUGUCGGCUUUGACGGUGAUCCAAAGAUGAUAAGAUCGCCGGUGCCGUGUCACGAGCGCAGUCUCUGUGGAUUCAGUCUUUCUCCUCACACUUUCAUUUCAUAGAGGGAGAAUGGAGAGCAACAACACUUCGUGGAGCUCCGUCCCCCAGCUGGUGACCGUCAUGCCCACUAUCUUCCCGCGGGUGGGCUACAGCAUCCUCUCCUUCCUCAUGUUCAUCAACACCUUGUUAUCAGUUUUUAACAAUGGGCUUGUCAUAACGGUGAUGCUGAAGAACCCGUCUCUUCUUCACCCGAUGAACACUUUCAUCCUCAGCCUGGCCGUGUCCGACCUCAUGAUAGGCCUUUGUGGAUCCUUGGUGGUCACCGUCACCAACUACCAGGGGUUCUUAUUCAUCGGCCACACGGCCUGUGUGUUCCAGGGCUUUGCCGUCAAUUAUUUUGGUCUGGUGUCUCUCUGCACUCUGACCAUGCUGGCCUACGAGCGCUACAACAUGGUAUGUAAGCCGAAGUUUGGCUUGAAGAUGAACAUGCGGCGCAGCGUCGUCGCGCUUGUGUUUGUCUGGGUCUUCUGUCUGUUCUGGGCCGUGGCUCCGUUAUUGGGAUGGAGCUCGUACGGCCCCGAGGGGGUCCAGACCUCCUGCUCCCUGGCCUGGGAGGAAAGAUCCUGGGGCAACUACAGCUAUCUCAUCCUCUACACACUCCUCUGCUUUAUAUUCCCCGUCAUAGUCAUCAUUUACUGCUACUCCAAAGUGCUCAUAUUCAUGAAAAAGAUCAACAAGAGUGUGGAGCUGCAGGGCGGCUGUUCCAGCAAAAAGGAAAAUGAUCAUGCCAUUAGCAUGGUCCUGGCCAUGAUCAUUGCCUUUUUUGUCUGCUGGCUGCCCUACACGGCACUGUCUGUGGUCGUGGUCAUCGACCCUGAGCUCUACAUCCCCCCGUUGGUGGCCACCAUGCCAAUGUACUUUGCCAAGACCAGCCCAGUCUAUAACCCCAUCAUCUACUUCCUCUCAAACAAACAGUUCCGUGAUUUGACAUUGGAAUUCCUGUCAUGUGGACAUUACAUUCCCCGUGCACCAACCGGAGUCAGCAUCAACCUGUGCCGCUUGAAGAGCAGGAAUCCUACUCCGCAACACAGGGUCACGCCUCUGUGACCUUUUCCUGCAGACGCCAAGGAACUGCUGAGCUACGGAUACAGA